AUGGCGGAAGACUCUGCAAAGCUCCGGAAAAAGCUUGUUACGCUUACUUCGACACUGGACGAGCUCGAGAAGGAGCUCGCGCCAUUACUCGCACAGGGCAUCCCUGAGACCACAAUGAAUCUGGACCCAAUACAGCAGGCCAAAAUCUAUGUCUUGCUCCCGUAUCUUACAUAUGAUCUAUCGUUCAUUUACUUAAAGACGCGUGGUGUGGACCCCAAAACGCAUCCCGUCAUCGCUGAACUUGACCGAGUCAAAGAAUAUUUUGGCAAGAUCAAGCAGUUGGAGAACCCACCUCAGCGACCCACUGCGAUUGACAAAGAGGCAGCAGCUCGCUUUAUCAAGCACGGCCUCACGCAGUCAGCGUAUGGCAACCAAGCAGAUACCGAACCUUCGCCUGGUCCGUCCUCAGUGUCAAUCGCCGUGCAACCUAAGAUCACCGCGAAGAUGCUUGAGCGUACGAAGUGGGAGAAAGAGGUUCGUGAACACAUGAAUGAGGAGGAGGAUGGAGAGGAAGAUCUCGACGCCCUAGAAGUGUUCGACGAAGAGGGUGAAGGUGAAAGCUCGAGCGUUGAAGUGCCUACUCCGCCUAGGAAGGGCAAGGCAAAGGCAGGAGGCGUUGAUGGCAACAUCUUUGACAAAAAGCGCAGGACAGCCGCGGACUUCUUCGAUGUCCAUAGUCCUUCGGCAUCGGAACCAGUACCGGACACUUCAGAACGCGAGCUAUCAAGAAAGGAGAAGAAACGUGGCAUCGACUCAGCGCUGUCAAGCCCGCCUGUUACAGAGGAAUCCCCCGUACCCAAGAAGAGAAAGAAGAAGCUUCCUCGGACAUGA